UUUAGAUACUGGAAUUCAGAGGUAUAAUCAUAUCCUGGAAAAUGGCAAUGGGAAACCACCUGCCUAGAAAAUUAUAUAGUCCUCAGGAAUGAAGCUUUACUCUAAAUUCUGGUAUUUAGAGCCAUGUCACUUUUAAUUAUUCGUAUUCUGAUACUCCUGAGAAUGUUUUGAAUCCUUUAAAAUUAUCUAAAAAGUGAUUCGUUUUAUAAAAAUGAAUUUAUAUGAUUAAAUUAAGUGUUGUAUAAUGUGAAAUGGCUUCUUGAAUUUCCCGCCAUUCACCUUCACCUGAUGAUCUCAGAUUCUGGUAUUAUGAAGAAAACAAAAUUAGACUUAGUUGAGAAGCUUAGUACAAUAAAUGGGGGAAAUGAGUCAUGGGCCUUAUUUUUUCUUUGAAAGUCCUAAAGAUUAAGGAAUAUACAAAAUAAAUCACUUGAGAUGUUUUUAUAUGGGAUGUAGUAUAAAAAUUGUAGAAUAAUAGAAACUCAGAGAAUGAAAUUUUGAGAAUGGGAAAUGUAUGCCUCCUAGGUUAAUUCCUUUAUAUCUACCUUUUACAACUAAAGGAAGAUGAUCAAGUAUGUUAACUUUGUAUUAAGCUUACUUGAACAGUACUGUGAUCAGCUACAGAAUAAUCAAUUGCAUGACCAAGACAGUUUUCAUACAAAUGUUAAGAAGGCUCUCAAUUAACAGUUUUAAUUGUUUUAUAAACUGAGUUAAGAUUUUUUUCUGGCCAAGAAUAAAAUUGCUUAAAAGCAGCAUUCUGAUUGUUUGCAGUGCUUUUCAUCAAUAUGUUAAAGCUUUGUGGCCUUUAUGAAUAUUAACAGGAUCAGCAUCUCCCUAAUCUAACUUUAAUUGGAAGAUCUGUUCCAUUUGUCAAUUUUUUGAGGUUGAGAUUGGAGAUUGAAUACAAUUUUCUCGAAACCUUUGCAGUUUUUCCUUUUGUUGUUUUGAUUUCUAACUUGCAAAUCUGUUUCUAAUUAUUCUGUCAUGUGAAUAAACAUCUCUGCUGCUGUUUCUUGUUUUAAGUCUGAUAGAAAGUAUUCACCGUGCAUCCUGGAAGAAUGGAAUAAAUGCUUAUGAUACAACAGUCUCUAUAAUCUACUUUUGUACUACAUAAUAAUUAUAUCUAAAGCUUAUUGAAACAGUGAUUGGAUGGAACCAAUCCUACUUUUGAGGGGACCCUAACCAUAACUUAGAAGGCCUACCUCUUAAUCCUACUUCUUUGUCAUUAUAUGAAAAUUGAAUCAGAAGUUUGAUGCUUGGCCUGAAUGAAUAGAAUCUUUCUUCACAAGGCAGGUUCUAAUAUAUCACACAUGGUCAUAUCAGUCAAGUUAAAAUUCCAUGCAAAUUUCCGGUCAGAAUUUGCAAACCAAUUGUGAUUGCAAAUAUGAAUAAUCUUUGAUACCAAAUUCACAUCAUUGAUUAGCAGCCGAAUCAUUCCUGCAUAUAGUCAAAAUCUGUAGCUGACAAAAUAUGUCCAGCUUUUGGGAAUAGGAACUGUCCAAAGUAUGCUUGUACUUGUCCAUAUUUUUCUAAAUAUACACAAUUCACAGACUAUCAGGAUUAUGGGAAUUUAAUUCAAUGCAUGUAAGAAAUGUUGGUCCCUGUUCAUGUGUAGCAUCAAGUCAAGACUAGCUUAUAAAUAGUGAAUGGAAUUGCACCAAUCAGAUGAGCAACAUAGUUAGGCACCAUGAAUGAAUUCAAUCCUUAACUAGCAACAGCCCUCAAAUGCUUUCAGUUCCCACUUCAUUAAUGAAUUUGGGUGAGGUGCAAUGCCACAAUAAACAUAAUCAUGAUGUUCAAUUCCAAUAGAGCAUUAGGAGAAGGAGAUUUGAGAAAGUUACUGAAGAUUUAUCGCACAGAGAUUUCAAUGGCAGUGGAUGAUGUCUUCCCAUUACUUCAUGGGCUUGCUGAUCAUGAAAUUGUCACUGAAGAGAUGUUCAAGGACACUCUCCACCUGAAGGAAACUGAAGGCUGCCACCGGGCUUUUUAUACCAUGUUGACAUGGUUGCUAAAUCAGGAUUUAUCUUCCAUAGAAGAUUUCUGGAGAGUCCUUUUCAAAGAAUACAACUUGGAGAGGUAUUCCAAGCUUCAGUCCAUUUGGAGCAGCUUUCCUAAAGAUAUGGAUUUCAGCAAGCAUCGCAGAACAAAGAAAGUUGCCAUUAGUCCAAAGAUUGUGACUCAGCACAAAUCCCAAGGAAAGAGAAAGAUAGAAGAAAAAGACCCUUUGCAAUUGACUCAGCCUUCAGGGAAAAUUGAUCUGCACCUUGGGUCCCAUCCUAAAACAAAAGCUGUGAAGAAAUCAGAAAAUGCUGAGGUACAACAUUACCCUCUUCCAAGUGGCAAUGCUAAGAAAUUUGUUAAAGUUGGGGAUGAAUAUUAUACAUCAAGCACAUCGGAAGAACUUGGAGAAAAUAAAGCUUAUGAAAAGAAGCCAAGCAUGAAUAACAAAGAACCCCAGAAGAACGAUGAUGAAUGUGCCAUUUGUAGGGAUGGUGGAGAGCUGAUCUGUUGUGAUGGGUGCCCUAAGGCCUUUCAUCUUGGUUGCCUUAUACCACCACUGACAGAAAUUCCAAGUGGGACAUGGAGGUGUGAUUCCUGCUCAUCUGGGAAGGCCAAAGAGGACAGGGGCACUGAAGAGGAGAAGAAUAGAGAGUCUUUUACUCAAAGUCAGGGUGCUGUUUAUGUCCAGAGAACAACUGAAGAUGGGAGGAGAGUUCUUAUCAAAGAACCUCUGUGUGCCUCCUUCAGGCAACCCCUGCCAUCUUUGCUCUCAAUGUCUGUGGCAGCUCCAUCCACAGUACAGAAUGCUGGAACAGAGAAACAACUGAAAUUAACCAUUGGUGAUAAAUGCGGUAUAUGCUGGAAAGGAGGAGAUGUGGUCUACUGCAAUAAAUGUUUCAGGGCUUUCCACUGGCGCUGCCAUUUUCCUGCCCAUACAGAUGAAAUCAGUGGAAUCCUGAUAUGUAAGUCCUGUUUUGACAACUCUACAGUUAUCAGCUUGGAAGGAGACUCACAUUCCAAUGCUCAAACACUACGAGCAGUAAAGGUGGUAGAAGAUUCUGCUGGAACUGAACCUGCAUUGAACAAAGAUGAUCUGGAUUCACUCUUAGGGGAGAAUACAUUUGAUGGGAUUUUGCAUUGGGCAUUCCAGAGCAUGCCUCGUUCAUUAUCAGGCACCCAAGGAUUUUUCUCAUAGAUGGCACUGUUUUUCAAUAAUAAUAAUAAUAAUAAUAA